GCGACACCUAUGUCGGCAGCGACGACGAGGAAAGGGGGGAAGACGAAGACGAUCCAAACGCGAGGAACUCGUUCGACGAUGCAGGAUGGCACACGAGACGCGUUCCCGCGUUUUGAUCCCUAGACCAUCGGUGGUGCGCACUCCCGUUUCGCCCCGUCGUGAGGUUCCAAUUUUAAGACGCCGCACCGCCGCUCCAUCUCGUCGAGAACAAGAAGGGUUACCGAUUCACCUGCCCGUGAGGUGGAAGAGCGCAUUUGAGUCCCACACUCAAAACCCCACCACGAAGAAGAUUCGUGUUAACUUUAGCAAAGGCAACAAACACUCACGCAGGGGCAUCGAGAGGUUAAUGUCAGGAAACGGAGACGGCCUACUCGCGUUCGGAGAGUUGUUAAACGCGGACGUUAGACUCGAACGCCUGCCGUCGAACGUGAAGAACUACGGCACCGCGUUGGACGACCUCCCCCAGGUCGUCCGUGACUUUGUACCCCAGAGGGCGUCCUGCAUAAGGAUAGCGUGUUUCGCUAAGCACAUCCCCCCCUAUGCGCUCGAUUUUGUUCUCACCGACGGGAAAAACGUCCUUUAUUCCAUGAAACUCUUCCAAGAUCCUCAGUGCGGUCACGUGGGACACGUGAAGUUCUUUCGAUUAGCCAUCUUUAUGGAGCGGUUCGGUACGUCUGUCCGUUGCGACCGCGAACUCUCUGCCGCACCGACCCUCGUCGCGCCCCACCCUCUCGGUCGUGGAACACGCACACCCAAACGGAGGAUCAAACCCGCAAAAGAGAUCCAACCGGUCCCACGCAAGAGGUUUCGUGGACAGCAUGAUCGCGGUCAUCCACCCGGAGACGUGGACAGGCAUGAACUUAUGCGACGUUUCGUUGAAUCGUUACCCAAGACCCCAACAGAAGACGAUGAGACGCCGAACGGGGACAACGACGACGAGAUCUCGUUUCUCACCGAGCUGAAAGUGGAAAAAAAAAGGUACCCCAUUACCAUCACGACGACACCCCUGAGGGAAAUCUCUAGGAUGAAAAACAGGCACUCCGUGUGCGUUGCCGUGGCAACGCUCGGCCUGUCGUGUGGAACUCUCCAUCGUGAGUUGUUAAAGCGACACACCCACGAUGUUAACACGAGCGUAGACGGCGGCAUCCUCCUCUUUGGCGAAUCGCUCGUUUACGUCUGGGCGAGGGUGAAAGAGUCGAGAGAGAGGGAUCUGAGGGCGCUGGUAGACGGCAUCGUGGAGUCCCUAAACCGAUCCAGUCCAAAACCGAGCGGUAUCGCGGCGUGUUACCACUACGGCGAGGGGCGUCCCUAUCGUAGACGCGUGGGAAACGUUGCCAUCGACGAUCACCGAUCGUGUCAACACACCGAAAUGUACGCGUGUGUGGGACCGUACGAGUCGGGCGAAACCGGUGUGAACCACCACGUUCGCGCGGAGAGACGCGUCACGCUGGCCGCGUUUGCAUACUUUUGUAGCGCAAAGGAUCUCCACCCCGUGAUGUCUCCCGACAACACGAAGGCGUUUUCUGAUUUUUUUGCACACGACCCAGACAGAUACACCAUUGGGGUCAAGACGUGGCAUACGAGUUUUAACAAGAUGCUGGUAUUGGUGACCCUGUGGUCCAGAACCGGGGAACACGAACUGAUGUUCGGCAGGGGAGAGUGCCGCGAAAAUCUCAACUACGACGCGUUGAGAUAUAAAACCCUCGCUCAAUCCCUCGUCAUCGAGGGUUGGCCCACGGCGAACACCGAGGUGGCGUUUUUGAACAGCGAGGGUAAACCCGGUUGGAAGGAGAGCGACGCUCAACGCAACAGAUCUCUCGGGUUCAUGCACGAACAACCGUCGGAAGAAGAAUUUUUCGAACCGGUUGCCGUCAACUUCAUCACGAAGGUUCACGACGCACAGUCCAGCAACGGCGGACAAGAUAGUACCAUUUGCGUCGUUAACCGCUAUGCGUUCCAACGGAUCGAAAACAUCUGGUUGAUAAAAGACUAUCGUCGCGGGGAGCCGGAGAUAAACACAAAGGACGUGUUCGCCGAAGACGGUUUUCGGUUCACCCUUCCGGUUUUUGCAAAACGCGAGCCCCGGCGCUUCGAUCCGCAACCGGGACCUUCGACCGCGCCGUGAGGCGACCCAGUGCAAAAUCGUGCCCCCUUAAUCUUGUGAUGUUGUGCCAGUGUUUUUUUUUUAACCAGUUUUUGUAAUGUUGUGGUGCCCCCCGUUAAAAACAUCGAUCUCUGAGUUCGCAAAACCGAUUCAAACAUCGAUCUCUGAGUUCGCAAAACCGAUUCAAUAAAUC